AGCUCCCCAUCUCAAAGUUGUCAAAUCACAGAUAGAAAGAAGAGGAGAGGGGUGAGUAGGUCAAGGGGGCACUUUCUUGUAGAGAGAGUUAUAAAGAAAUGAGAAGGUUGACAAAAAAUGAGAGAGAGAGAAGAGAGAGAUAGAGUUAGAGAUAUAGAGAAACUGUGUGUGUGUGAGAGAGAGAGAUAGAUAGAUAGAGAGAGAGAGAGGGAGGGAGAGAUAUAAUGAUAGAGAGAAAGUGUGAGAGAGAGAGAGAGAGCGAGAGAAAGAGAGAGCGAGAGAAAGAGAGAGAGAGCUAGAGAGAAAAAGUUUAAAAGAGAGAAUGAGAGAGAAAGUGCCGAAGAGAGAUUUGAACUGAACAGUACAAUGAGAAGGGUGUUUGCUGCUAACUAAUACAAAUGAUUCGUUGGAUUAAAAUAUUGCAUCAAGUGAAGACGGAUGGGAGUUAGUGCUAGUCACUACCGCCUAUAAUUUUCUCUUAUAACUUAUGUUCUCUUAAUCUUACACCUUACUUUCUUUUGUAACUGUAACUUAUUUUCUCCUAUAACUCAUGCUCUCUUGUUUUCGUGUAAUUUCAGAUUAUUGAGAAGAGACGCCGAGACCGCAUCAACACCAGCUUGUCCGAGUUGCGGCGCUUGGUUCCCUCGGCAUUCGAAAAGCAGGUAAACGCCGAUGUAUGUUAUUUUGAUUUAUCAUUGACCACAUUAUCAUUGACCACAUUAUCAUUGACCACAUUAUCAUUGACCCCAUUAUCAUUGACCACAUUAUCAUUGACCACUUUAUCAUUGACCACAUUAUCAUUGACCACAACAUCACUUUGUAGUCUAUAAGUGAUUCGAGUCAGAAUCAGCCUUCGAUAGGAUCUCAAGCAUAUUCACAAUACAGCAUGUUUCUACGGGUAAACAACCAACUCCCUUCAGUAACACGAUUAUUCUGAACUCCCCAGGGGUCUGCUAAACUUGAGAAGGCUGAGAUACUGCAGAUGACAGUUGACCACUUGAAAAUCUUACACCAAAAAGGUAAUUGACUUACUGGGUUAUUUUUUUAGUACGUUUGUUUAUGUAUUUUUCUUAGUCACCCGUUUCCGAGAGUCCUCCCCAAAAGUAUCCCACCCAUUAAUACCCCUCUCCCCCCCCCCCCCAACGGGAAGCCCCCCUUUUUUGGUUUUUUUUUUUGUACGUUUUUUUUAUUUUUUUUCUUAGGCCCCCCUUUCCGGAGAGCCCCCCCCAAAAGACCCCCCCCCUUAAAACCCCCCCCCCCCCCCCCCCCCAAAGGGAAGACCCACUUUGUAGUUUCUAGGGCCACUACCCAAAUGGCUUGGCUGGAACACACAGAAAGGCAAACCUUGUUGAUGUUAACAAAAAGUAGUGCAACGUUUUUAAAAAAAAACAAAAAAGCAUCACGAUCACUUUUUGUUGUUUGAUCAGUACGUCACGGAGUAUAGCUCAGUGCCUACUUUAUUGCACUGCCAUGCAUCUCUAAAUCUCAUCAACGUCUCUGGACAGUUUAGUGUCAAUGACAUGGGCGCGCUCCCACUACCCCUCUACCUUACGGCAUGCAGCAAUGCAGCAAAUGCACGCACUUGUCAUACCUCGCAGCAAGAGAAUAUUGCGCAGAAGGGAAACAGACGAAUGUGUACCAAGAUGCUAAAGAGACACACUUGUCGGUUACUUUCUCCUUUUAUGAACAUCAAAAACAUGCGCACUCAAGGACAACUAUGUCAGUCUACAGACACAACAUUGGAUGAGUUUAAAAAAAAAAAUUAAAAACAUUUCAAAUGUCUUUUGUUUGCAUUUUUGUGCGUUAAAAAAUUUAACUAUUGAAAAAUUGCCGACGUGUCAUCAGAAAUGACCUCUUAAUUUCUUUAAAACUCUUUACAUGAGCAGACGUCUUAUUUACAUUUUACAAUAAUUCUGACAGAUUAUUUAAAAUGAAUUUUUAAAUGAAAGCCCUACCAUCGGGCCCCGUACAUCUCGAAAGAAACGAGCUUGCCGUCCACGCAGCCUAUUUGGGUCCAGGUUUGGCGGCCGUCACAAAUAACGUGUGACCAAACUAACCAAAAAAAUGAGAGCAAAUGUUGCCACAGGAUGUGACCCUCAUAUUCAACGCGCCUUGACACCGCGGUGAACAUCCUUUGGUUCUGUUAGUGUGGGAUACAUAAUAUUUGUGACCUGCUCAAUAUUUUUUGGCACAACAAGAUGAUACCAUAGAUGACACCAGCAGUAGGGAAACGGGGGAAAGGGAGGGGGAGGGUGGAGUUUUUGCAGUGUCGGCACUGAAUCUAAAGACAGGCAGCACAAAUGGGGAGUUCGGGGGGCAAGCAGUUAGCUAGACGGACAUUGAUGAUAAGACGUAAAAAAAUGUUUUAAAAAUAAUUAGUGUUACACACCAAGACUUGCGCACCUCUGUCUAUAAAUAGUCGUUUAUCUAUAUUACAUCUAUUGACAUCCAAGCCGAAGCAUUCAAAGCAAAUGGAACGCUUAUGAGUUUAUCGUUGCCAUCAUAAAGUUGAUACGCCCUUGUCACAGACCGACGUCUGUUGGCAGACACGGAGGAUCAUACACCAGAGGCGAUGAUUUGUUGACAGAGGUGUCUCCACCGCUGCUCGGAGCGCGAGGACAAAGCGCGUUAAGCGACCGGCCACAAACAUUUCGUUUUGAUCCGAGCAAACACGGGCAUACAAGAGGUGUCCUCCGCAGUGAUUCGAGACCUCAGCGAGGCUUAAGAUAAAAUAAAGCGCCCUUCGCCACCCCCCCCCCCCUCUGACGCAACAAAUCUAUGAACCAUAUAUUAUAAUAGCGAACAGCGAACAUGCCCCCCCCCCUCUCUUUUUAUUCCAAUUGCAUUUUUGACUGAAGUUGAAUAAAUUUGUUAAUAUAUAAAACUAUGCGCAAUCCCAUGAAACACUUAAACAAUAUGUCUGUGAACAUUUCUGUGAAAUGUCUGGUUGAACAAAAAGAUAUGACACAUAGCUUUUUGUUUUCCAAAAAAUUCAAAGAAGCAUCAGAGUACUGCCCUGCUAUGCAUAGUUACCUCCCAAUGCAGUUAUCUGUGUCAUUAAAACCAUGAUAGUAAAAGUUGGUUGUCAUGAGUUUUCUGAUGAAUUGUCAGAAUUAAUAAGUAUUUCUUUCUUUUUUUCUUCAAUCUGUAACAGGAAUCAACAACUACAACUUUGACCCCCACGCAGUCGCUGUUGACUACCGCAGUGUCGGGUUCAGAGAAUGUGCGGCAGAAGUCGCUCGGUACCUGGUGGCCGUUGAAGGCCUUGACCUGCAGGACCCGCUGCGCCUCCGUCUGCUGGGUCACCUCCAGUGCUACUCGGCGCAGAGAGAAGCUGCGGCCAAGGCGUCGCUCCAGGGAAACACGUGGGGCGGUAUGAGCUCCAUGGGCGGGAUGGGCGGGCAUGGCAGCUUCACGCCCACGCAGUAUGGGGGCUCCACGAUGUCCACGCCGAUGUCGGGGGUCAUCCCCAGCCAACACCACCACCUGGGUCAGUCGGAGCACAUACCAAUGUCAACGUCAUCCCACCAGGGCGGCGUCAUCGGUGGCUCCGCGGGGAUAUACUCUGGCGGCUCCUCCUUCGCGGACUCUUCUAGACACGCCCAGUCGGACACGCUGCUGUCUGGCCACAUGCGGCUGUCCAGUACUUCCGCCACAGCUGCCACGGCCCCCGUGACGCCCAUGAACCACAACUCGGUUGCCCAGUCCCAGAUCUCGCCUCCACUUUUCUCGACCCUCCCGAACCUCCAUUCUCAGUUUCCAGUCUCCGCCCUCAACAUGAACUCUGUGUCGUCUAUGAUGUCCGCCCAGAAUUCUAGCUCCGCCUACCAGAACCACGGGCAGAACCAGGGGAACAGUUCCGUGAAGCCUUACCGGCCGUGGGGUGGGGAGCUGGCCUACUGA